AUGGUGACCUGGCGACGUGUCCACGGGACGCUGACGUCGGGAUGGCAACGAGACACAAACGUCGAGAUUGCUGGCGAAGCUUGGUUGUCGGGGAACGGGACGACGGGUGUUGUUGAGUCUCUGAAUGGUGUUCGAAACGAGCUUCGCGCCGAGUGGAUGUUGACGGUGAGAAGGUUUAGGGUUAGAGAGGACAACCGUCUUCUGAUAAUGGAUUCGGUUGCCUCUUAA